AUGGCCUCCAAUUUCCAAGUCCCAACCAUCAUCUUUCUUUUCCUCAAUAUCAUAUUCUUUGCAUUUGUUGACUGUCAACGCACAACAGCCCCAACUCGUAGCACGAGUGGUGGAGGCUCACCCCUCGUCCCACCUCCGGGCAGUGGUCGAUCCCCCGUCACACCUCCAGGUAGCGGCCGACAACCCGUGCCACCUCCGGGUAGCGGUCGACCACCCGUCCCACCUCCCAAUACUCGCCAACCCCCAAUCUCACCUCCUGGUAGUGGCCGACCCCCCGUCCCACCUCCAGGCAGUGGUCGAUCUCCCGUCCCACCUCCCAGUACCAGCCGACCACCCGUCCCACCUCCCAAUACUCGCCAACCCCCAAUUCCACCUCCUAGUACUGGUCAACCCCCUGUCCCACCUCCGGGUAGCGGUCGACCACCCGUCUCACCUCCCAAUACUCGCCAACCCCCAAUCCCACCUCCUGGUAGCAGCCGACCACCCAUCCCAACUCCGGGUAGCAAUCGACCACCCGUCCCACCUCCCAAUAUUCGCCAACCCCCAACCCCACCUCCUAGUAUUGGUCGACCCCCCGUCCCAGCUCCAGGCAGUGGUCGAUCCCCCGUCCCACCUCCAAGUAGCGGCCGACCACCCCUCCCACCUCCAGGUAACGGUCGACCACCUGUCCCACCUCCCAAUACUCGCAUACCCCCAAUCCCACCUCCUGGUACUAGCCGACCCCCUGUCCCACCUCCUGGUAAUAGUCAACCCCUUAUCUCACCACCAAGAAGUGGCAAACCUCCAAUCCCACCUCCUGGUAAUGGUCGACCACCCGUUCCACCUCCAGGUACUGGUCAACCCUCAGUCUCACCUCCAAGCAAUGGCCAACCCCUAGUCCCACUUUCGAGUAAUAGCCGACCCCCUAUCCCACCUCCAAGAAAUAGCCGACCUCCGAUACCACCUCCAAGCAAUGGUCAACCUCCGGUCCCAUCUCCAGGCAAUGGUCAACCGCCAAUCCCACCUCCAGGCAGUGGUCGACCGCCAGUCCCACCUCCGGGAAGUGGUAGACCUCCUAUUCCACCUCCGAGCAAUGGCCAACCUCCGGUCCCACCGCCAGGUAGUGUCCAACCACCCAUCCCACCUCCCAGUAGUGGCCAACCUCCAGUCUCACCUCUAGGCAAUGGCAAACCCCCAGUCCCACCUCCCGGCAGUGGUCAACCCCCCGUCCCACCUCCCGGUAGUGGUCAACCCCCCGUUCCACCUCCCGGCAGUGGUCAACCCCCCGUUCCACCUCCAAGCAAUGACCAACCUCCUGUCCCACCUCCAGGUCGUGGCCAACCUCCCGUCCCACCUCCAAGCCGUGGCCAACCUCCUGUCCCACCUCCUAACAGUGACGGUGGCAAUCAACCUGUUACCCCACCUCCAUCUCCACCUCCAUCUCCACCUCCACCUCCACCGCCACCGCCACCACCUCCUCCUCCACCGCCACCACCUUCCCCUGUUGUUGAUACAUGCCCAAAAAGAAAAAUAGAGUUGACUAUAUGUGAAAUUAUAUUAAAAAAUAUAGAUUCUAUCUUACCAAGAUUUCGCUCAACUUUCGCAAAGCCUUGCUGCCGACGCCUUGAGGGACUUACUAAUCUCCAAGUUGGUGUUUGUCUUUGCAAACUCCAAGUUCGCACCAACAUCAAUGUUUCCAUAAGUAUUCUUUCCGAUGCAUGUGGACAAAAGCCUCCAAAUGGUUUCAAGUGCUAA